GCUGGUCCGUCGUGUCUGCGGCUCCGCGGCUUCUCUUGUCUCUGUCUCGGAUCCUCCUGGAGCGGCUUCUGGUCUCAGCACGCAGGAAACAGCGGAUCUUCAGCCCAACGGACGGACGGACGGACGGAUUCGGCGGCAGCACUGCGGGGACAGACCCGCCUCGGCUCGGUUCGGCUCUUCCUCUCCCCGCUGCGGUGGAAACCCCGGACGGAGGCCCGCAGUGUGCGUUCAGCCUCCCGCAGGCCUCCGGCCCGGACUCCCGCUUUUCUCCCGGAAAAUGGACGGAUUCACCGGCAGUUUAGAUGACAGUAUGUCUGGAGCGAGUGUCUCCGAUGUGAACGACCGUCUUUCUGCUCUGGAGCUUCGUGUUCAGCAGCAGGAAGACGAGCUGACGGUGAUGAAAGCUGCUCUUGCUGACGUCCUUCGCCGCCUUGCUGCCUCUGAAGUCUCUGCUGCAUCCUCAACCAAGAAACAACAUGGAGGGAAAGGUGGUGCUGCACUACGUGAAGCCUACUCGAUGUCCAGCAUUGCUAACGGAGGAACAUCUGGACGAAAGAGAGACUCCACCUCCGUUACCAGGAAGGAGACGCUUUCGUCUGCUGCUAAGAGUGGAGCAGACAGGAAGAAGGAGACCAGCAGCCAGCGGUCUCUGAUGGAGGAGAUCCAGGAGCGUGAGGAGCCUCCUCGCAUAAAGGACCCGUCCCCCUCUCCCUCCUCCCCCCACCCUCCCUUGACCCCUCAAACCCCCGAGAGACCGGCCCAGUCAGCUGACAGCAGUAAAGGCCACGGCCCUCCCAAAAGGGGGCCCAGCGUGAAGCGGUCCUCAGGUAUGGAGCGGUCCCAGAGCAGCACCUGGGACACUUCAGAGGAGAACAGGAACAAGCUGGUGAAAGCUGCAUCCACCUCCAAACUGCUCGCCAAAGUGGUCAAGAACGCUGACAGACACAAAGACCCGGUGGUCAGUCAAGAGGGGAACAUUAAGAUGUUCAUGCGUGGCCGACCGAUCACCAUGUUCAUCCCUUCAGAUGUGGACAACUACGAGGACGUCCGUACAGAACUUCCUUCAGAGAGACUCAAGCUAGAAUGGGUGUACGGUUACCGUGGCAGAGACUGCAGAGCAAACGUCUACCUCCUUCCAACAGGAGAGAUUGUUUACUUCAUUGCCUCUGUCGUAGUUCUCUUUAACUACGAAGAACGAACUCAGAGACAUUACCUCGGACACACCGACUGUGUCAAGUGUUUGGCCAUCCAUCCUGAUAAGAUCCGGAUGGCUACGGGACAGAUAGCAGGAGUGGACAAAGACGGACGGGCACUACAGCCUCACGUUCGGAUCUGGGACAGCGUCAGUCUGUCCACUCUGCAGGUCAUCGGUUUGGGAACAUUCGAGCGAGGCGUUGGCUCUCUGUCUUUUUCCAAAGCUGACUCUGGUCAGCACCUGAGCGUUAUUGACGACUGUAACGAUCACAUGCUGACAGUCUGGGAUUGGCAGAAGAAGUCAAAGAUCGCUGAGAUCAAGACCACUAACGAGGUGGUCCUGGCCGUGGAGUUCCACCCCACUGACCCGAACACCAUCGUCACCUGUGGAAAGUCGCACAUCUUCUUCUGGACCUGGACGGGGAAUUCACUGGCUCGUAAACAGGGAAUCUUUGGGAAAUACGAGAAGCCGAAGUUCAUUCAGUGUCUGGCCUUCCUGAGUACUGGAGACAUCCUGACCGGAGACUCUGGAGGAGUCCUGCUGGUCUGGACCAGGAGCUCCGCUGAGACCCCCACGGGGAAGGGACCCAGAGCGUUUCAGAUCAGUCGGCAGGUCAAAGGUCACGAGGGCAGCGUGUUUUGUAUGUGUGAGAUGAGGAGCGGCACUCUGCUGACCGGGGGAGGGAAAGACCGGAAGAUAAUCCUGUGGGACCACGAGCUGAGACCGGACCGCGACAUCGAGGUCCCGGAUCAGUAUGGAACCAUCAGAGCAGUUUCUGAGGGGAAGGGGGACGAGUUUCUGGUCGGAACAUCUCGUAACUUCAUCCUGAGAGGAACCUUCAAUGACGGCUUCCUGGUCGAGGUCCAGGGUCACACAGACGAGCUGUGGGGUUUAGCGUCCCACCCGUCCAGAGAGAUGUUCCUGACGUGUGCUCAGGACCGGCUGGUCUGCCUCUGGAACGCGUUGAACCACAGUCUUCAAUGGAGCCGCACGCUGGAGGAACAUGGACACUGUGCAGAUUUCCAUCCCAGCGGAGCCGUGGUGGCCAUAGGAACACACUCGGGAAAGUGGUAUGUCCUGGAUGCUGAGACCACAGACUUGGUGGCAAUCCACACCGACGGGAACGAGCAGCUGUCUGUGAUGCGCUUCUCUGUAGAUGGAGGUCUGUUGGCUGUUGGAUCUCAUGAUAACUUUAUUUACCUCUACACCGUCUCCGACAGAGGACGCAAGUACAGCCGCUACGGGAAGUGCACCGGACAUUCCAGCUACAUCACGCACUUGGAUUGGUCACCUGACAACAACUUCAUCAUGUCCAACUCUGGAGACUACGAGAUCCUCUACUGGAACGUUCCAAAUGGUUGUAAACUUAUCACAAAGCCUUCAGAGUGUAAAGACAUCGACUGGGCAACUUACACCUGCGUACUGGGAUACCACGUGUUCGGUGUGUGGCCCGAUGGUUCUGACGGCACCGACAUCAAUGCUCUGAUCAGAUCUCACAACAGGAAGGUGAUCGCUCUGGCUGACGACUUCUGUAAAGUUCACCUCUUCACCUACCCGUGCUCCAAACCCAAGGCUCCCAGCCACAAGUACAGCGCCCACAGCAGUCAUGUGACCAACGUCAGCUUCCUGUACAGAGACAGUCACCUGAUCUCGACGGGGGGGAAGGACACCAGCAUCAUGCAGUGGCGUCUGGUGGAGAAAGCCUCGCUGUCCCUCGCCGACGGCCUCCUGUCUAAUUCCGCCCCCCACCGGGCAGACCCCAUCUUCAGCCCGCCCCCUCAAGUCACGGCCGCGACCGCACAGGAACCUUCCCCGCCUCCCCCGACCGCCAACGGGACCCAAGACCCCUCCCCAGACACCCCGCCCCCCACAAAGCUAACCCCGCCUAUCUCUGAGUUAACCCCGCCCUGCUCCGUGUCGACUCCGCCCCCCUCCGACAGCACGGUGAGUCUGAAGGACAGCCUGGAGCCGAGCGACGACACGGCCACGCCCAGCGACGAGGGCCUGCCCCCCCUCACCCCCCCCUCAUAAACCGAGUCAGUGUGAGUGUUGGUACAGCUAUCUUUGUGAGGACCCGGCCGACUCUUAGGUUCAGUUUAGGAUCAGGUUUAGGAUCAAGUUCAGGUUUAGUUAAAGAUCAGGUUCAGUCAGGAUCAGGUAGCUGUGCUGGUUGAACGAGAGACAAACACACGUUGGAUCAUUCAGACUUCACUUCCUGUGGACGUCCCGAGCUCUGAUCCAGAAUCUUGAGAGCCUUCGUGUUUCUUCAGUGAUCAGGACAACAGCUGAUUCAGUUUGUCAUGGUCUGGGGGGUCCUCACAAGUAUAGAAGUACAAAUGUGCGUGUGUCAGGACUGAAAGCUGCAGGUUUUAAUAAAAUAAACUUCUUCCUGUUUGAACGUGAUGUCACCGUCUAAAACGCCGGCGGCCUUGUAUAUAAAACUCGGGAUGAUUAGAAACCGUGUGGAUGUCCCUUCAUAAAUCACAUAAGCCUCAGAUCCCGCCAUCUACAUUUCUGUCCGUCCCCUGGAGAGUCUGAUUUACCUGAACAGGGACUCGCACACCUGUCACACCUGGACUCUCAUCCUUAAAACAUUUGAACGUUUAGUUUUAAAGUCUCACCUUGUUCCAGGUGUGCUCUGUACCUGUCCGUCCCAGAGGACAGGUGGGAACACCUGGACAAAGUGAAGAAGACACAUAAAGGUGAGCGUUCUGCUCAGGACACAAAAUGUUUCACUGAGACAAAAGAUUUAAAGGAUGAAGACUGACCGAUGUGUUUCAGGUGUGCUCUCCUCUGCUCCAGAGCAGUUAAAUAGGAAGUGUUGGGGGGGGGGGGGUCUUAAAUGUCUUUUUAGAAACUUGUUUUUAAACCUAAACACUGAUUCAAAUUUGUUGUGCUGUUAUUUUGUUAAACCGCCAAAGUCAAUACUUGUGGAAAGAUGUUUCACAAUAAAAGCACUCCAUAGAAGGGACAGUACUACGAGGCUUUUAAUGUGAAACUUCCAGGAAAUGUGGACCAUACAGGAAGGAGCAGAGAGCCUUCAAACUAAAAUACACUCUAACACGAGAAACACAGGUGUGUCUCGGACCUUCUCGCGUCACAUAAUCACAAAUAUCCUGUUCUUUCAGGUAGACGUUAACUGCAACUCCCAGGAUUCAUUUCUCUGCGCUGAGAGAUCAGGAAACAGGAAGUAGAGAGGAUGUAAACAGGAAGCAGGGCCUCCAGAGUAAAAGCUGUGACUGAGACUCCGUGUUUGUAUAUUUGUGUUCAUCACCGGGGGCAGCAGCUCCUCAGAUAGCCACGUCACAUUCAGCACUCGCAUAUCUCAGCCAAGCUGUCCUCUGAUUGGCUGGUUUUCAUUGACUCGCUGCUGUCUGUCUCCUGGACCAUGUCACAAUGAUGUCAUGAUGAUAUCACUCCUUCAUGUUUUUUCUUUUUAAUACUCCUCGUCUUUAAUGUCGUCGUCUUUUCUACGCUCGUCUCUGAAGGGCUUGUACAGGGGCUCACCUGGACGUCCAGGGAGGGGCGGGGUUACGGGAGGGGGCGGGGUUUCGUGGGACUUUCUGGAUAAAGUGUUUUUUUUUUUUUUCAGCGAUCAGUAACCCGUAAUCAUGAUGAUCAUGUGACUGUUUUGAGCCAAUCAUGUCUGCUCUCAUGCAUUCCUGUCAGACGACAGACUGUACUGAAGAUUUCAACAAAAAAAU